AUUCAGAGGCGCGGGGCCGGGCCUGGCGGACGCUUGUUGUUGUCCGGUCGGGGGAGGCGGAGGUCGCUAGCUCGCUCGGCUCGCUGACUCGCCGGGGCGCUCUGUGGCGGUCGGCGGCAGGUCGGUCGCGAGAGCGGGCUCUGUGCAGGGGGGCGAGGCUAUGUCGCGGUGGCAGCCCGGAUGGGCCGGCAGGGCCAGGAGUAACGGGACGUCGCCGCGGAGCUUCUUCCCCCGGAUACAGUGCGGCCCGAGCGGAGGCCGCGGCGCCGCCCUCCGAUCUUGAGGAGCCCGCGCUGCGCGGAGCCCGCCCCCGCCUGCGCACCGGCACCGACGCGGAGCGACCCACCCCAGCCAGACCCGACCCGGCGAGGCCAGAUCUAACCCAGCCAGGCAGGCAACACUAGCUCCUCUGGAGCACGGAGCCCCCUCCCCAAGGACAUGAAGCUGUUGGAGAACUCGAGCUUUGAAGCCAUCAACUCACAGCUGACUGUGGAGACCGGAGAUGCCCACAUCAUCGGCAGGAUUGAGAGCUACUCAUGUAAGAUGGCAGGAGAUGACAAACACAUGUUCAAGCAGUUCUGCCAGGAGGGCCAGCCCCACGUGCUGGAGGCACUCUCUCCACCCCAGACUUCAGGCCUCAGCCCCAGUAGACUCAGCAAAAGCCAAGGCGGCGAGGACGAGGGCCCCCUCAGUGACAAGUGCAGCCGCAAGACCCUCUUCUACCUGAUUGCCACACUCAACGAGUCCUUCAGGCCUGACUAUGACUUCAGCACAGCCCGCAGCCAUGAGUUCAGCCGGGAGCCCAGUCUUAGCUGGGUGGUGAAUGCAGUCAACUGCAGUCUGUUCUCAGCUGUGCGGGAGGACUUCAAGGCCCUGAAACCACAGCUGUGGAACGCGGUGGACGAGGAGAUCUGCCUGGCUGAAUGUGACAUCUACAGCUAUAACCCAGACUUGGACUCAGACCCCUUUGGGGAGGAUGGUAGCCUCUGGUCCUUCAACUACUUCUUCUACAAUAAGCGGCUCAAGCGAAUUGUCUUCUUCAGCUGCCGUUCCAUCAGUGGCUCCACCUACACACCCUCAGAGGCAGGCAAUGAGCUGGACAUGGAGCUGGGGGAGGAGGAGUUGGAGGAAGAAAGCAGAAGCGGAGGCAGUGGGGGUGGGGCCGAGGAGACCAACACCAUGGAGGAGGACAGGGUCCCUGUGAUCUGUAUUUGAUGAGGAGGAGCGGAGGCCCCAGCUUCAUCCAGCUUCAACCAAUGCCUGGACCUGCCCACCUGAGAGGCCCCUGGGGCCUCCCCAGCUGCUGGCCAGACCCUGGCACUGCCACAGUCCUGGCAUUACCCAAGGCCAUACCUGCCUAGCCCUUUGGCUCCAUCCUGUGGAUGCCCACUCACCCCUCAGACUCCUGCUGCCCGUACUGUGGCCGGACUUGGCAGCAGGGGGCCUGGUGGGAAGAGUGACUGCCCUGCCCAAAUGAACUGCCACAGCAGGGAGAGCUGGACCACAGAGUUUAUUUUUGUAUUUCCGCUGGGCCUGCACACUCCAGCCCAAAGGGUCUGUGGCCGGAGGCCCCGCAAACAGGCCCCAGCAGUCACCAGCUCUGGUCUUGGGCCGGCCCCUGGUGCCCACCUGUACCCCCACUUCGCCCAUUUGGCCGCGUGCACUGAGUGUCACUUUGCUGCAGCUCAUUUCUUUCCAAUAAAAGUUUCUGUGACUUA